GAGGCUGCGGGGUCUGGGCCAGGCGGCGCAUGCGCGCGGCGGGCCGCCGGGCGGGGGCGCGUGCGGCGUUAAGAGGCCGGGGUCCCGGCGCCGCGCCUGAGGCGCGCGGAGCGGCGGGCCCCGCGGCGGGGCCGGGGAUAAAGAUGCCGGAAUCUGACUUGGUUGCAAAGAUGCUUCGAGCUGUUCUUCAGUCCAGUAAAAAUGGAAUACCCUUGCCACGACUGCAGGGGGAGUACAAAUCUUUGACUGGGGAUUGGAUCCCUUUCAAACAGCUAGGACACUCUACGCUGGAAGAAUACCUGAAGACUGUUCCAGGAGUUGUCAAAAUAGAAAUUAAUAAAAUGGGUGAGAUCACUUGCCAUGCUGUUGCUUCCGCUGAGACUGUGCGAAUUGCUCAACUGGUAGCUUGCCAGAGAAGUUCAAAAAGGAAAAUGGGACGACAGGUGAACUGCCAGAUGAGAUUAAAGAACACUGCUCCAUUCACAUUAGUUGGAAAACCAAAAGCAACUUUGAGACAGCCAGGAUUAAGGGCUGCACUAGAAGGCAGAAGGCCUACACCCCCCUGGCCAAAAAGCAAAGGAAGUUCUUAUGGAAUUGUGAAACCCAGCAUAGAAACUGUUCACUAUGCUUUGCCCCCGGCAUCUGGAAGUGGACUAUCCAAAGAGGUUCUAAUGCAGAGACAUGUCACAAUGAUUAACAGGCCUGAAAAAAGAUUAACUUUUCCACCACGGUUUCAGAAAGAACUUCAAGUGCAUCUGUCCAGAAGCUCUUCAGUGGAUUCAAAUGAUAAUUUGAAUGAGCCAGUUUCAGAAACGCACAGAAUCCCCACUGGCCCUUCUAAUUCUAACAUAAACGAAGUUCAGAAUCGUGUUAAAGAAGUUUUGAAUAAGUACAGCAAUGGUAUCUGGCUAUCGAAGAUGCCACAGUUUUACAGAGAGAGAUACAAAGAGGAACUUAAUACAGCCUUACUCCAGCGGUUUGAAUACUGGCCUCAUAUUUGCACAACUUCAUUGGGAAGGCAUCAGAAGAUCAUAAGUCAGAGUAUGAGGGAACCUCAGACUGAACUGUGGGACUGUUGCCUUCAUGUCUCAACAGAAGGAAAAGAGGUGGAAAAAGUAUGCACUGGUGGGCAUACAGAUGUACUCCUUUAUCCUGCUAAGAAAAUGCAACACUUAGUGAAGAGUGGCAUAGACCAUGAAGGGACAUCUCAGAACCUUACUUCUUCAAAAGCAGAUCCUUUCGUAAAGCCAGUUAUGGAGACCAAAUCAGCUUCUCUGAAUAGUGACUUCAAAGAGAAAGUUGCAGAAAUUUUGUUUAAGUAUUCCAAUGGUCUUUGGGCUAAUGCACUUCCCAAGGUGUAUGAAGACACAUACAAAGUAAAAUUUCCUGAGGAUGCUCUGAAUAAUCUUGACUUAUUAUCUGAUAUAUGUACUGUCAACCAGAUAAGUGAUAGCCCUAAAAAGGCAAUCCUCUAUGCUAAACCACAAAAAUACGUUGAUGAGAAUCUGAAUGCCACUGAUAGUGUCCAUAUCCAUGAAGAUCGGAAGAUAAUGGUUGAGCAAGAGUGCUCUCAGUUAAUGGAAAAGACCAAAGAGCAGAGUCCGGAAAAUAUAAUGGUCCCUCCUUUAAUCAUUCCGGCGGAAGCAUCUCCAUCUGUAUUGGUGGUAGAACUGAACAACACUAAUGAAGUUGUUAUUAGGUAUGUGGGCAAAGACUAUUCUGCUGCUCAAGAACUAAUGGAAGAUGAGAUGAAAGAAUAUUAUAGUCAGAAUCUCACAGUAUUGCUAAUGCAGUCUGUAAGCAUUGGACAACUUGUCGCUGUACAUGCUGAGGAAGAUGCCUGGUUGCGUGCUCAGAUAAUUUCAGUGGAAGACAAUAGAAUAAAGGUGUGCUAUGUUGAUUAUGGCUUCAGUGAGAUUAUUGAAAACAACAAAGUGUACAAACUAGGUAGAUGCUUCUAUUCUCUUCCAUUCCAAGCUGCGAAAUGUAAACUAGCAGGACUGGAAGUCUUUUGUGAUGAUCCUGCUUUAGUGAAAGUUGUUGAGUCACAAACCUGUGGCAAGAUAUUUGCUGUGGAAAUACUGGAAAAGAGUGAUAUUCCACUUGUUGUUCUGUAUGACACCUCAGGAGAGGAUGAUAUAAAUAUCAACGUCACCUGUCUGAAGGCCUUAUGUGACAAAUCCCUUGAACUACACCUUCAGGCAGAUGCUUUAUAUACAAAUGUUAGAGUCACCAACGUUUGCUCUGACGGAACCCUAUAUUGCCAGGUGCCAUCGAAGGGCCUAGCCAAACUCUGCGAGAUCUUGCAAAAGUUGGAAGACUACUUCCAUUACAAGGUGUGUAAGGAGAAGGGAGGUGCUGAGCAGGCACCUGAAUGUUUCGUCUCAUUACCUUUCUGUGGCAAAAUCUGCUUGUUCCAUUGUAAAGGAAAAUGGGCUCGUGUGGAGAUAACAAGCGUUCACAGUAGUCGUGCACUAGAUGUGCAGUUCAUGGAUACUGGAACAGUUGCAUCUGUAAAAGUAUCGGAGCUUCGAGAUAUUCCAUCACAGUUCCUGAGAGAAAUAAUCACCCUACCACCCCAGGCUAUGAAGUGCUGUUUAGCAGAUCUUCCCCGUAACAUUGGCAUGUGGACUCCAGAUGCUGUAUUGUGGCUGAGAGAUACAGUAUUAAAUUGUCCUGAUUGCAGCAUUAAGGUUUCUAAAUUGGAUGACUCAAAGGGAAUUGCACAUAUUUACUUGUUUACUCCCAAGAACUUCCCAGAUCCUGAUCGGAGCAUCAAUCGGCAGAUCACUAAUGAGGACUUGUGGAAGCAUCAGAAAGAUGUCUUCUUGAGUGUUGCACCCAGUGGAGCUAGUCCUAUAAAAGGGAAAAGUGAUACUAUCCUUGCUCCAGAAUUACUUGGCCUAAGCCUCAAGAAAAGCCUCAUGGGGUCAAUCAAGCUUGCUCCAGAACCCGGCAGUGUGGUGCCUACUGUUGACAUGCCGCCACUUCUACCCUUACCGAAACCUGGUGAGCACAUGGAUGUCUAUGUUUCAGUGGCCUGCCACCCUGGUCACUUUGUCGUCCAGCCUUGGCAAGAGAUCCACAACCUAGAAGUCCUCAUGGAAGAAAUGAUUCUGUACUACAGCAUGGCAGAGGAGAGAUCCAUUGCUGUUAAGAAGAACAAUCUGUAUGCUGCUAAAGUAGAAAAUAAGUGGCACAGGGUGUUAAUAAAAGGAAUUCUAACAAAUGGGUUGGUAUCAGUAUAUGAGUUGGACUAUGGUAAACAUGAGCUUGUCAGCAUCAGAAAAGUACAGCCUCUAAUGGACAUGUUCAAAAAACUACCAUUUCAAGCUAUAACCGCUCAGCUUGCAGGAGUGAAAUGCAAACAGUGGUCAGAAGAGGCAUCAAUAGUGUUUCGAAACCAUGUAGAGAAGAAACCCCUGGUGGCACUGAUACAAACAGUUAAUGAAAGCACAAGAUCUUGGGAUCGAAAAAUAGUGACAUACUUAGUGGACACCGCUCUACCAGAUACUGAUAUAUGGAUUCAUGACUUUAUGUCUCAAUAUUUUGUGGAGCUUUCAAAGGUUAAUUAAUCACUGCUUCUGACACUAUAGCAACUAAUUCAGAUUCUUUAGCAAUAAAAACUGUAGCAGGCUUUUAAAAAGAAAUUUAGCUGUUUACAUGAUCUUGAAUAUAUGAAUGCGAUAAGUUUGAAAAAUCUGAUGCUUGUGUUCUGUGAAAAGGUAUUUAACAGAAGUUUGUUUUCUUUGAAUUGACUUUCAGAGAACUUGCACUUUGUUCACUAGUGUAGUGUUAGAAUGUUGGGAUGAAAAUUCAGAUUAAGUAAAAUGUUAUUUAUCAAUAAAAAUGAUUGGUGACUUGUU